GAAGUGCGGAUGGUGGCGGGUGAAGGUCAGAGUUUGUGCGCCAAGUUUGGACGGAAAGAAAGUAGGCGCCGAACGAGUGGUAGGUGGUUGUCAUUCGGACGGAUAGACAGACCGCUGAGUGUCUGGUAACGCAAGGUCAGCUUCCCCCACCGGUGAGACGGCCGUGAGGAUUAUCUCCCAAGCUAGGAAGAAGUUGAAAUUGACACCGCUCAAGAUGCCUCCCAAACAUGCUGUAAAGGCUCGGACAAGGGCUCCACCCAAGCGAAAGAUGGCCGAGGAGCUUAAACCAGGAGAAGUGUUGACUGACACUGGAAAAAAGCAAUGGAAAAUUGGGAAGCCGAUUGGGAAAGGUGGAUUUGGGCUCUUGUACCUGGCUGAUGAAAAUUCAGUCAAGACAGUUGGCAAUGGUGCUUCAUAUGUCACUAAAGUGGAACCCAGCGACAAUGGACCAUUGUUCUCAGAGCUCAAGUUCUAUAUGAGAGCAGCAAAACCAGAGCUAAUUCAAAGCUGGGUUUCUUCCCGGAAGUUGAAUUAUCUCGGUGUGCCCAAGUAUUGGGGGUCAGGACUCUAUGAUAAAAAUGGCAAAAGUUAUAGGUUUAUGGUUAUGGAUCGAUUUGGAUCUGACCUUCAGAAAAUAUUUGAACAAAAUCAUAAGAUUUUCCCUAAGAAAUUUGUGUUCCAGUUAGGUCUACGAUUGAUCGAUGUCCUAGAAUACAUCCAUGACCAUGAGUACGUGCAUGGAGACAUCAAAGCUUCCAAUCUCCUCCUCAGUUACAAGAAUCCAAAUGAGGUGUAUUUGGUUGAUUAUGGCCUUGCAUAUAGAUAUUGUCCAGAUGGAGUACAUAAAGAAUACAAGGAAGAUCCAAAGCGUUGCCAUGAUGGUACUCUUGAGUUUACAAGUAUCGAUGCACACAAAGGUGCAGCUGCUUCUAGACGCGGUGACCUGGAAAUCCUGGGAUAUUGCAUGUUGCAGUGGCUUAGUGGGCGAUUGCCUUGGGAAGACAAUCUAAAGGAUGCAAACUAUGUCAGAGAUGAAAAACUGAAAUACAGAGAAAAUCUUCCAAGCUUGAUGGAGAAAUGUUUUCCUUGCAAAAAUAAACCAGUUGAAUUAUCAAAAUAUUUUGAAGAUGUAAUAUCACUUGGUUACAAAGACAGACCACACUACCAGAAACUAAGAGAAAUCCUUAAGCAAGGACUUAAAUCCAUUGGCUGUGUAGAUGAUGGUAAUUUGGUGUUAGCAGCGUCUUCCAAUGGUGAUGCACCAACAACAUCCAAGGCACAGAAACGUCGUAUUUCUAAACCAAAUGAUGAUCCUGAGGGCAACAAUUCAGACUCAGAGUUAAUGAGUGGAAAGAGAGUAAGAAAAACACCAAAAGCCAAGAAGCCAACAACACGAAAGAAUUUGAAGAAGGUAGUGACAGUUGAAAUAGGUACUCAGACAUCUCCGCUUGCCAUGACAAGUCCUAGUAGAAAAAAAACAUCUAAAUAAAUGGUUACAUGCAGAAAAAGAAAUUUGCUUAUUCUUUGCAUUUAGUUCAAGUCUGACAAUUUUGAAAGAAGUUAUUCUGAAUUUAGUUCUCAUCGCUUAAAAAAGGUGAUGAAUCUUUCAUUUUUUACUAGAUUUUAUAUGUUGUACAUUUUUGUUGUGAAAAUUUAAAAAGUUAACUACUGAAACUUUGCUUUUUACACAAUGCAGACUUUGUCAUUUUUCUGCCACCUCAGUCAAAGAGCUGUGCAGUAUCAUGAAAUUACAGCAUGUAAAAUGGUAGAAAGCAAUGAGAAAAAUUAUACCCUCUUUUGAGGGAGAAAAGAAGUUCUGUUGCGAACUUGCGAAUAGUGCAGGAUUUAGUGUUUUAUACUGUGGAGUAGGCGAUCGUGCUCAUGAUUUAUCAGGACAUUUGUUACAGUGGUAUAAAUACCUGGUCGUAUAUCCAGAAGAAUAUAUGUUCUCUUAUUAUGGUUUUUACCCUGGAGCUAACAUUGUGCUUAUUAGUUUUAAGUGUACUGUAAUAUUGUAAACCCUGACAAGUUUCAGUUUUCUUACUUGAAUGACAUAAAUUUCUAUACUUUUUUUCUGAUCACUUGAAAGGAUAGCAUAGUUUUAAAGCUUUUUGCAAAAUGAGCUUAUUAAAUGUUCUCAGCAAAAUAAAGAAUUU